GCAUAAAAGGCGAAUUCCCCACCUCCCCCGAUAGAGCCAAACAUAUUCAUCCCCCAUUGUAACUAUUGAUAUUUGAUACAAGAAGAAGAAGAAGAAGAAGAAGAAGAAGAAGAAGAAGCCAUAUGGCUCUUAGAAUCAAUGUCUUUCUUCUUCUACUAUUUUUCCUCUCACUUCUCCUCAUUCCCUUAUCUUCAGGCAUUGUUAAUGAAGGGUUCAAGGAGGAUGGCAUAGACCCCAUUCACUUACUUCACAAGGAUGGAAUCGUAAUGAAUUCAAGGAAGCUUUGGAUGCUUGAUGCAACAAUGCAGGAUUAUGAUGAUACAGGAGCCAAUCAAAAACACGACCCUAGAAGGAAACCUGGCAAUGGAAGGAACCCAUGACUGCCUUAAUAAAGUGGCCUUAAAACUCUUAAUUAACUAAUUAAUAACACUACUAUUUUCUCUCUCCCGCCCGCCGCGCCCUCUCUUACCGAGGUUGUGAUUGAUAUCAUCUGUAAGGAGACAUACAUAAGAUAUGGCCAGCCAUCCGAUCGAAUGAGUUUCGUCAUCAAAUUAAUAUAUAUAUAUAUAUAUGUGUAUGUAUUGUUGUAUUUGUCUAGUUCUUGUUGUGUGUGUGUGGCCAUAGGAAUAUAUACA